AUGAACCACAAGUUGGUAGAAAUAAACUCCAAACUUGAGUCAUUGACUUCAAGAGUGCAAAUCAUUGAGUCUUCUAGUGCAUCAUCCUCUUCACCACAUGAGUAUGCUCAAGCAGUUACACUGAGAAGUGGGCGGCAAUUUCCAAGCAGGAGUAGCCCACCCCAAAUCGCUGUGGACAUCGAUGACGAGGAAGGGGAGGAUUUGGUCGAGUAUGCUGAUAUUCUGGCACCAACUCGAUCGAGCUGGAACAAAACCCUGAACCAGAGCUCGAUCGAGCUGAAGAAACCGAGACUCAGAAAGACAAACCAGAGCUCGAUCGAGCCGAGAAGAGAACGGACAAAGCAAGCUCCAGCCAACCAACUAAACCUGUUGCAAGAAGAAAGACACUCCAUCAGGACCACCACCAUACAAACCCCCUCUACCCUUUCCAGGAAGGUUCAAGAAACAACUGUUGGAAGCACACAAGGCCAAGUUUGA